CAAAUCGUACUUAUUUCCUCCCAAUCCUUUCCCACCCACCAUCAUGUAAAGCAAGAAACUCCAAACUCCACAAAGACGCUUUCAUCUUUCAAUGUCGGUCCAGGAGGUCAUUAUAGUCAUUUAGACCCAAAAUCAUAUAUCCUUCUGGUCAGCAAUAGGAUCUAGUAACUCUGCAGUCUGCAACAACACUCUGAUUCCUCUUAUCACUGUCCUCUUCUUUCUUCUUCCAAACAGUACAUCUUGUAAUCAAGCAACAAAAACCCAAUAAAGUAAAACAAAUAAUUUCCGAAGAUAAUGCAACAAAGCUUAUCUGAACCACAAGCAGAGGAUGAGAGAAGAAGUAGAGCUCAAGCUUCUCUUUAAUGGCGAACUCUAAGCUCACCCUCUUCACUCUCCUCUUUAUCAUCUCCUUGUCUUCUAUAACAUCCACAUUCUUACCAGAGAUUAAAGCGCAACAAGAUGAAGAUGAGCCUUUUGUUGGAGUCAACAUAGGUACAGAUAUAUCCAAUUUGCUGUCACCAGGGGACUUGGUUUUGUUUCUACAGAAGCAGAAGAUAACACAUGUUCGUCUCUACGAUGCGGACGCAGACAUUCUCAAAGCUCUGGCCAAAACCAAGAUCCGGGUCGUCAUCAGCGUACCCAACAACCAGCUCCUCGCAAUUGGGUCCUCCAACGCCACCGCCGCCGCCUGGAUCGGCCGCAACGUCGCCGCGUACUAUCCUCAAACGCUCAUCACCGCCGUCGCCGUUGGCGACGAGGUCCUGACCACCGUGCCCUCUUCCGCUCCCAUGCUGAUGCCGGCAAUCGAGUCCCUCUACAGCGCUCUCGUCGCCGCCAAUCUGCACACCCAGAUCAAGAUCUCGACGCCGCACGCGGCGUCGAUUAUUCUCGACCCAUUCCCGCCGUCUCAGGCGUUCUUCAACCAAACCCUCGUCCCAAUUAUUCUCCCCAUCCUCCAGUUCUUGUCGAAGACCCAAUCGCCUCUGAUGAUGAAUUUGUAUCCGUACUAUGUGUUUAUGGAGAACAAAGGGGUUGUCCCUUUGGAUAAUUCCCUGUUUAAGCCCUUGACACCUUCCAAAGAAAUGGUGGAUCCAAACACUCUGCUUCACUACACCAAUGUGCUCGACGCAAUGCUUGACUCAGUUUAUUUCUCUAUGAAGAACCUCAACAUCACUGAUGUGGUCAUUCUGGUCUCCGAAUCGGGUUGGCCUUCGAAGGGUGACACCAAAGAGCCUUAUGCAACCAUUGACAAUGCAGACACAUACAAUUCGAACUUGAUCAAGCAUGUGUUUGAUCGAAGUGGCACUCCACUCCACCCGGAAAUGACAUCCAGCGUGUACUUAUACGAGUUGUUCAAUGAGGACAUGAGGUCUCCACCGGUGUCCGAGGCGAAUUGGGGGCUUUUCUAUGGCAAUUCGACACCGGUGUACUUGCUUCAUGUGUCUGGAAGUGGGACUUUUCUGGCGAAUGACACGACGAACCAGACAUACUGUGUGGCCAUGGAUGGCAUGGAUACGAGGACGAUGCAGGCGGCAUUGGAUUGGGCUUGUGGACCGGGACGGGCGAAUUGUACAGAGAUUCAGCCAGGGGAGGAUUGUUACCAGCCUAAUAAUGUGAAGAACCAUGCUUCUUUUGCUUUUGAUAGUUAUUACCAGAAGGAAGGGAAGUCUGCAGGGUCUUGUGACUUCAAGGGUGUGGCCACAAUCACCACCACUGAUCCAAGUCACGGGAGUUGUAUAUUUCCUGGAAGCAAGAAAGUAAGCAAUAAAACGAGGACGGUGGUGAACUCAGCUCAGGCGAGUGGCACCAACACAACAAUAAGAUUCAUCACCCUCUGCAACACCAAAAUCGUGGCGUUGGACAAGGUUUCAUACAUUCUCUUGGGUGUCACUCUUUCUCUGUUAUUCGAUUCAUUCCUUCCAUGACCACAUUGUUUGAUUGCAAGAUCAGUCUUUUUUGUAAAAAAUGUUGUAAUUAAUAUAAUUCCUGCAAAGGGUUGGUACCAUAUAGGGUUUUAUUUUGUUGGUGUGAUGAUAAAAUGGUACCAUGUUGGGGAGUGCUACCACUAGGAUAGAGGAGAAUUGGAGGAUUUUGAGGCUUAAUAAUGGGAAAAUGAGGGAAAGUGAGAGAAAAUCAUAUAUUGGUGGGAUGAUAAAAGCUGGAGCUCCAAAUUGUACCCUUUAAAGUUUUGGUUGCUUUAUUCAAUUCUUUUUCUUUCAGGACAUGAAAUUUCAAGAAUGCACAAUCACUCUUUUGUUGUCUUUUUCUUAUUA